GGUGAGAAUGACCACUUUAACUCACCGUGCCCGUCGCACUGAAGUCGGCAAGAAUUCUGAAAAGAAGGUGGAGAGCGAGGAGGACACCAAUCCAGAGCGAAGUCCAGAAAGCGAAGACUCCGGAGACUCGAAGGAUAUCCGCCUCACCCUCAUGGAGGAAGUCUUACUCCUGGGACUGAAAGAUAAAGAGGGCUACACAUCCUUCUGGAAUGAUUGUAUAUCAUCUGGCCUGCGAGGGGGCAUCCUAAUAGAGCUGGCAAUGAGGGGUCGAAUCUAUCUGGAGCCCCUCACUAUGCGCAAGAAGCGACUACUAGACAGGAAGGUACUGCUAAGGACAGACAGCCCAACUGGUGACGUGUUACUGGAUGAAACUCUCAAACACAUCAAAGCAACUGAACCCACAGAAACUGUCCAAACAUGGAUAGAGUUACUGACUGGUGAGACCUGGAAUCCCUUCAAGUUGCAGUAUCAGCUGAGAAAUGUCCGAGAACGGAUCGCAAAAAACCUCGUUGAGAAGGGCAUUCUGACCACUGAGAAACAGAAUUUCCUCUUGUUCGACAUGACUACUCAUCCGGUCACCAACACGACGGAGAAACAGCGACUCGUGAAAAAGCUUCAAGACAGCGUCCUGGAGCGGUGGGUGAACGACCCUCAGCGAAUGGACAAGCGGACACUCGCGCUCCUGGUGCUCGCCCACUCCUCCGACGUCCUAGAGAACGUCUUCUCCUCUCUGACCGACGAGAAGUACGACACGGCCAUGAACCGGGCCAAGGACCUUGUCGAGCUGGACCCUGAAGUGGAGGGCAUGAAGCAGAGUGCCACAGAGAUGAUCUGGGCUGUGCUGGCUGCCUUCAAUAAAUCCUGAGGCCAGCAGAUGGGGUGUGUCUCCCAUUUUUCCCUGCUGGCUGGCGAUCUAGACCGUUCAUGGAUUUGUGAUGAAAUAUUUUCAUCGUUUUCUUCCCUUUCUCCUGAAUCAGGCUUGUGAUGGAGGUAGUGAUUCCAGGGUCUCUGCAUCAGGUUGAGUCAUAGUAAGCUGGCUUUAUUUCUCUUUCUUCAGGAGUAAGCUAGGUGCGCCCACUCCUGAUCAACAUUUUCGCUCAAGUUCACCUCCCCUCAGUGUGCUUUGGAGUACACAGGGGUCUCUACGUGGAUUGGGGCAUUCCCCAGUACCAAAUGAGCACCAAAUUUGAGUGAGACAGAGUGAAACAUUUCAACAAGUGUUUUCUAUCGUGUUUUCUAUCUGAAAUACAUGUUUUCCAUAGUU